CUAACCACACAUGUGUCCAAUUUGUUGCACUUCCGCCGGAGUCUGUGUCUAAGGAACGGAGAAUACCUUGUAAUACUCAGUUUGGAUUAUCUCAAAUUCCGACAGAAAGGUAUCUAAUCAGUACACGUCUCUCCUUUGCUUUCUUGCUUGAUUCAACUCGACUUCCAUGGAGCUCACCAAGCUGUCACCUUCGGACAUAAACUUCAAACACCAAUUAUCAUGUUCACGCUUUUCUGCUUUAUUCCUCGUGGCUAUUCAAGACGUCACCUAUAUUUUGAAAGUGCAUCAUGGGCGUGGGCCAAAACAGUAUUACGAGUCAACCCAUCGUGAGACAGACAUCCAUACCUGCGAAGUCACAGCAUAUAGACGACUUCAAAAAUAUGCUCUUUGCAAGCGCGGUAUUGUACCGCAGUUUUAUGGAACAAUUGAUAAUCUUGACCCGAAGCUCUAUCAGCCGCACCUUAAAGUAUUUCUGAGGGAUGAGUAUCCUCCAAAUGGCAUUUUGUUAGAGUAUAUUCCUAAUAUGCAGACUUUGCAUUGGACAAACUAUACAAAGGAGAGGAUGGAAAAUUUCAUCAAGGGCCUUAAGGAAAUCCAUGCAGCCAAAGUUGAACACAGCGAUAUCCACCCGAGGAACAUGAUGAUUGUCGAUGGUGACCCAAAAAGGGCGAUCUGGAUUGACUUCGACAGGGCACAAACAUUUGAUAUUGGUCACAUAACAGAGGAACAACAGGAAUGGUUAGAUUUCGAAGAUGAUUUGGUUACUGAAAUGGGAGUUUUGAUGGAAGCUGACUCCAAAGAGAGACAAAUGAACCACACAAGUAUAUAUUAUUACUAGAGAGUCACAUUGAAUUCAUAUUUUGUUAGACUUUGGAUACAGCGAAACCUUACAAAAUUGCCAAUUUCAGAAGUUAUUUCCAGCCAUUCCAG